AUGGCAGCAGGAAAUCACUCCACAGUGACUGAGUUCAUUCUUGCUGGACUGAUAGAAAAGCCAGAACUCCACUUUUCCCUCUUUCUUUUCUUCCUAGGAGUCUAUAUGAUCACAGUGGUUGGGAAUCUGGGCAUGAUCGCACUGAUUGGGCUCAGUUCUCACCUGCACACCCCCAUGUACUAUUUCCUUAGCAGUUUGUCCUUCAUUGAUUUCUGCUAUCCCACUGCCAUUACCCCCAAAAUGCUGGUGAGCUUUGUGACAGAGAACACCAUCUCCUACCCUGAAUGUAUGACUUUGCUUUACUUCUUUGCUUUUUUUAUUAUUUCAGAAUGUCCUAUGUUGGCUGUGAUGGCGUAUGAUCGUUAUGUUGCCAUCUGUAAGCCACUGCUUUACAACAUCAUCAUGUCUUAUCAGGUCUGCUCCUGGUUGGUAGUUGAAGUAUAUAUGAUGGGCUUGAUUGGUGCCGCUGUUCACACAGCUCGCAUGCUAAGAGUGGUUUUCUGCAAGGCUAAAAUAAUCAACCAUUACUUCUGUGAUGUUUUUCCACUACUGGAGCUCUCCUGCUCCAGCACUUAUGUAAAUGAAGUGGUAGUUUUGUGCUUCAGUUUACUUAAUUUUCUUGCACCAACCUUGACCAUCCUUGGCUCCUAUGUCUCUCUCAUUGCCAGCGAAUCCACUCCACUGAAGGCAGGUCUGAAACCUUUAGCACUUGCAUUUCCCACAUCUUGGCUGUUACAAUUUUCUAUGAUAACAGCUCCAAAUCCAUUAUUCAUUUCACCACCCAGUCAGCAGGAAGGGAGCUGUGAAGGAGAAGAAAGUGCCCCCUCGCUUGAAGAACUCUACCCACAAGUGACACUAAUAUUCACUAACAUCUCUUUGGCUAGACUUAGUCACAUUGUCAAACCCAUAUGCAAGGGUGGCUGA